AUGUUGGAUCUUGGGUUCGUGAAGCUUGUAUGAAUGGAUUUUCGGAAAUUUGUUCACUUAUUGCACGAUUGGACUUAAAUAAUCCUAGUUGUGAACCAUGGUUGUCAGAUGAAUUAAGUAUAAAGAUUUUUGCUAAAUUAUUAAAACAAAGUGUUGAAAGAAUUGAUAAAAUCAGAUCUUGCGCUGGCCGAGUAUUAUUGGAAUUUCUAUACACGAAGAUCCUUUCAGGAGAUGAAGUGUAUCUAUUUAAUUUGCCAGCUCGAGAAACUUUACAAAAUCUUUUGCCAAAAGAUGAAGAGAUCCAUUGGACCUCUCCACUAGAACUGUAUCCCAGAAUGGUCAAAUUACUCACGUUAAAAGAAUAUAGAUUUGAUUUACUUGUUGGAUUAGUAAUUGCAGCUGGGGGUAUAAAUGAAUCCCUGGUUCGUUAUUCAAGUAGUACGUUACUUGAUUAUGCAAAUGAACUCCCCGUUACAUCACCCGAAGAUUCAUCAUUAUCGUUACCGGAACUUGCAAAUGAACUCUUAAACAUACUUCGUCACAAUGAAAAACAAGAUCGUAUAGCUAUUCCUUUAUUGGAAGUUUUGGAUUUAUUAUUUGAAUCUGGAACUUUACAAAAAAUUGAUUUGGACCUUUUCAGCUUUGCUGACUUAUUUGAAUGUGUCAAAAAAGAAAUUUCAGGGACACGAGAAAUAAGAAAAAUUACAGCCUGUAUGCGAGUUCUUUGUGGGAUGACAUCGCUAGAUGGUACAGUGCGAAAUCGUUCUUUGUAUCAAUUACUUAGUUUAUUAGUACAUCCUUUUCCAAAGGUUCGAAGAUCGACUGCAGAUCAGUUGUAUUUAACACUUACCGGGUCAAUAGAAGAUGAAUCAGAAGAAAUGCUAAAGAUUGAAGAUAUUUUAGUCAAUACUGAUUGGGAUAGUCCCGUACCUCAAUUAAAGGAACUUAGAAAUCAACUUUAUCCCUUAUUGGGGCUAAAACAACCAAAUUUUAAAACACCUGGCACUAAUACCACUUCAACAUCUUAA